AUGGCUGCCAUGUUCAUACUCGCUUGUCAUGAAAUCCUUGCUGAUAUAAUCUCCAGGUUAGGUUUGGAUGAAGAAUCAAUCAAGGAUAAACGAUUACUCUUGCCCAAGUUAAACCCCCAAAACGAAGAUGUUAUUGCUGUAUUCAAAAAUACAUUUAAAAUGGACAAGUCUUGGAUGUUCAAGGAUAGAAGAUCAAAAGACUAUGAGAAUGGAGUUGAACAAUUUCUUAAUUUUGCUAUGACCCAUGCAAUUGAUCUUCAAUCCAUACGUUGUCCUUGUAGAGUCUGUGGAAACUUGAGAAGCCAACCUAUUCGAGUGAUUAGAAAUCAUUUAUUUUUCAAUGGUAUUGACCAAAGUUAUACCACACGAAUAUGGCAUGGAGAAACAGUCACUGAUCGGGCAUCACCAUGUUUAAAUGAACAAGAUAUUUCCCAACAACAAUUUGACACGUCUCCUAUAAACAAUGUAGCUGAAAUAAUAGAAAUGGUUCAAGAUGCAUACGAUCGUUGCACGACUGAUUCUGAAGUGUUUAAGAAAUUACUUGAAGAUGCGGAAAAAACAUUAUAUCCGGGUUGCACAAAGUUUACCAAGUUAUCUGCAUUGGUUAAACUGUAUAACUUCAAGAUUACGAAUGGCCUAUCUCACACUGGGUUUUCAGAUUUACUGACGUUGUUGGGUGAUAUGCUGCCAAUGAACAAUGAAAUACCAUCAUCCAUGUAUGAGGCUGGGAAGACGUUUGCUGCAUUGGGAAUGGGAUAUAAGAAAAUACAUGCAUGUUCAUUUGAUUGCAUACUCUAUAGAAAUGAGUACAAAGAUGCAACUUCAUGUCCUACAUGUGGUACAUCGAGAUGGAAGUUAAAGAAGAAUUCCACUGAAAUAAGAAAAGAUGUGCCUGCAAAAGUUUUAUGGUUUUUUCCACCUAUCCCAAGGUUUCAAAGGAUGUUCCAAUCAGCAAAAAUAGCGAAGGAUUUGACAUGGCAUGCUCACGAAAGAGAUUCUGAUACAACAAUGUGUCACCCUGCGGAUUCUCCAUCAUGGAAGUUAGUAGACCACAAGUGGCCAGAUUUUGUUGCAGAGCCAAGAAACCUUCGAUUAGCUAUUUCUGUAGAUGGAAUAAAUCCACACAGUUCCCUUAGUAGUAAGUAUAGUUGUUGGCCAGUUAUGAUGAUUACCUAUAAUCUUCCACUGUGGUUAUGUAUGAAGAGGAAAUUUAUGAUGUUGUCAUUGUUAAUAUCAGGUCCACAACAACCUGGUAAUGACAUUGAUGUUUACUUGGCACCACUAAUUGAUGAUUUGAAGAUGUUGUGGGAGAUAGGUGUUGAAGCUUAUGAUGCUUAUAAAGAAGAACACUUCAGGUUGAAGGCUAUAUUGUUGUGGACAAUUAACGACUUUCCAGCAUUAGGCAAUUUGAGCGAUUGUACUGUAAAGGGAUAUUAUGCAUGUCCAAUUUGUAGUGAAGGAACAUGUUCUCACAGAUUAAAAUAUGGUAAGAAGAACACAUAUGCUGGCCACAUAAAAUUUCUUCCGCGGUACCAUCCGUAUCGGAGGCAAAAAAAGGCUUUUAGUGGUGAGCAAGAGUUUGGAUUAGCUCCAAUACCAUUACGUGGGGAGGAGAUAUUAAAUAAGGUUGAAGGGCUUUGCAUUUUGUUAGAGAAGUUUGACUUUGUGGACCAGUUCACUUUAGAUGGAUGUACCAAUUUGAGAGGUUGCAUUGCUGAAAGUUAUAUUGUAGAAGAAGCUGUUGAGUUCUGCGCAGAGUACUUAUCUGGAGUAGAUACAAUCGGGAUUCCUUUUAGUAGGAACAUAACAGUUGAUGAUGAUAUAGAAAUUGGAAGGCCUUUAUCAAGUUGUUCUGUUGUUACUGUUCAUCGUAAUGAAUGUGAGCAAGCACAUCAUUAUGUCUUAGAAAAUACAAGCGACAUUCAACCAUACAUUGAGUAA